CAAGCGCCCAGCGAAAACAAAGACAGCCGCUCAAAAUCUUUUCUGUGUUCCGUUCCUGGCGAAAAUAGACCCAAUGGGUUACGUCCGAAAAGCUCGACACUUGCAAUGAAGCUGUUGCUUCGUGCUUUAUUUCUUCUGCUGUUUGCCAGUGCAACCGUUUUUUACUUCUUGUACGUGGACGGUGGAACAGCGCACACGAGUGAUGCGACGACUGUGCUCAACUUGAGCACCAGCAACCCACGACCAACUGUCAAGGAUGAACUGGUCUCCUUGACCACUCCGUGGACGCGUCCGGAAAAUGGGCCAGGAGAAGUGGUUCUGGCCGUGGUUGCCUGCGGGGACAGACUGGCGGAGACCCUUGUCAUGCUCAAGUCUGCAUUGAUCCUCACCCAGGUGCCCGUCAGAAUCAUCGUGUUUGCUGAGGAUGAUCUCAUACAAAGCUUUAAUGAGAAGCUCAAAGAGUGGAGUUUGCUGAGUGAUCUACAUUUUCGAUUUGAAAUUCGGCGUAUCGAAUUUCCAGUCAACGGGAAGAAGGAUGAGUGGAAGAAACUGUUCAAACCGUGUGCCUCGCAACGUCUAUUCUUACCAACUGUGCUAGAGGAUGUUGACUCUCUUUUAUACGUGGACACUGAUACCCUGUUUUUGACGCCUUUGGAGCACAUCUGGCGGCAUCUGAGUCUUUUCAACUCCUCACAACUCGCAGCCCUGACACCCGAACAUGAGGACAGAGCAACGGGAUGGUAUAACCGGUUUGCUCGUCACCCUUAUUACGGACCACUUGGUGUGAAUUCUGGCGUGAUGCUGAUGAACCUGACCAGAAUGAGAGCGUUUGGCUGGAUUGAAUAUGUAUUGCCUAUUUAUCAUGAGUACAAACUGAGAAUCACCUGGGGCGACCAGGACAUCAUCAACAUCCUUUUCCAUUUCCAUUCAGACAAACUAUACAUAUACCCGUGCCGAUACAAUUACCGUCCGGACCACUGCAUGUACAUGAGCGUUUGCGAAAGCGCAGACAAAGAGGGCGUGGCUGUGCUGCACGGAAACAGAGGCAGUUUUCACUCUGAGAAACAGCCCGCAUUCCGAGCCAUCUACAGAGCCUUGGAGGAGUACCAACUGGGCUCAGAUCCGUACAACAACUUUCUUCUGCCCAUGAAACACUACUUGGAUGAAACGUCCAGCACUAACUGUGGCAAAGUUCGGCGCAUUUUCCUCAAGUCUGCGGAGCAGUUUAUUAAUAAGAUCUAUGAUUAAAGCAGUAACUUUUGGAUCUAAAAUUUGGGUGGCCCAUCACGACUGAAAGAACUUACUCUUAAAAGGCUGCUCACACAAAUUUCUAAAGUAGACUCGUGUUCAUCUUCUGAAGUAACAAAGUUUACAAAGUAUAAAGGCUGCACGUUUGUUGUCGAAAAUAAUAACAUUUGCACUAGCUAACGAUAGUGUUUUUAGUGCAGCGUGCCAUUCGCAGAAGCCAUUGUUUAAAUUUUUGUUGCCUACAAAUUUUACACGACAUUCCGAAGGCCAUUCUUGGAAGAGUGGAGGACUUUUGUGAUUACUUUAAGCUACGCAGCAAACAGUAUUAGAAUCUGUUAUUUAAGUAGGAAGAUUUGACUCAAUAUUUAAUGACAUGUGCUUGUAGUUAAUUUAAGUUAGUUUACUGACAUAGUAUGUACCAAUUUUGUGCUGUGAUAGCCAUCAUGAAUGUUUCAUUAUUUCUAAACAGCUGCAAUGUUUAUCUCAAUAGAAAAUAAAACACAAGGUUUGCCAUUGAGCAAUUCAAAUUUUA